AUGAAGAAAGUUGAUGUUGAGAGCUCUCUGAAUAAAGGGUCUCCAUCAUCUUCUCUUGAUCACAGUUCUGAUGUUUAUUCUAUAAAAUCAUCAUGUAAGGAUUUGAGAAUUACUAAGAGAUGUGCAGUUGGUGUUAAUUUGCAAGAAAUAAGCUUGAAAUCAGCCACAGUUAGGCCUUAUGUUCGAUCAAAAAUGCCUAGGCUUCGGUGGACACCUGAUCUUCAUCACAGCUUUGUGCAUGCAGUUGAAAGGCUUGGUGGAGAAGAUCGGGCUACUCCAAAGAUGGUUUUGCAAAUCAUGGAUGUGAAGGGCCUUACCAUAUCUCACGUAAAGAGCCAUCUUCAGAUGUAUAGGAGCAUGAAGCAUGAGCAGAUGAUCCAAGAAGCAGCUUCGGAAGCAAAGAAGAAUUUCAAGGAGCCCAAGAUGCAGAAUUCAAAUUAUUUGUCACAUACAAUGUGCUGCCAACAGAAUGGUCAGUUACAUGGCAAGGGAUUGGUCAAUAACAGUGUACUUCUCUACCAAGACCGUGGAAUUCAUAAUCCUGCUAAUGGACUUGCCCUAAAAAAUGCUAGCUUGCCAUCUGAAAGAAAAGAGAAGAAAGGGCUGUGGCUUGGGAAGAGAGUGAGUGAGCCAUUCUUAUAUGAAGAAAUAACAAGCAAGGGGUGCUGGGAGCAGAAACCUGAUAGUUACAUCAUCUUCAAGGAUCUACUCAAGAGCUGCAAUAGCAAAGAGACGAAUGACCAAGAUAAGAUGUCAGCAGCUGGUGCCAGAGGUUGCAAUAAAAGUCAUCAAAGUUUAGAAGAUUUAGCUGAGAUUGCAGAGAGAAUAGAUGGUGACAGAAUGUCUUUAUCCCUAGACUCAAAAUUUUCUGAGUCUUUUUUGAAGCUGAGGAAAGCAAAGAAUAGUUCAGAGGUGAAUGAUGUGUCUCUGGAGCUCACUCUUGCAUAA